CCCUCCAACGAUUGCUGUUAUCAACAUUAUCAACAGGUAAAGGAACAGCUGUUGAAGGAAGAUGUCGCGAAAGCAGGUUUUAAAUUUGAUCAACACGAUCGUUGCAAACUCUUGCAAGUGUCCCGCUCACUCACACAACUAUGGAUCGGCAGCAACAACAACGCAAACGGGACAGAAAGAAUACGCUUUUGAGAUGUCAGCAUCGACGGUGCGCUUUGGACCAGGAGUAAGCAAAGAGCUGGGAGCAGAUUUGCUUAACUUGGGAGCCAAGAAUGUUUGUCUGGUAACGGACAAGAAUGUGGCCAAGUUGCCCUCGGUACGAGUUGCUCUCGAUUCAUUGGCCCGACAUGGAAUCAACUAUGAGGUGUACGACGAUACGCGAGUGGAGCCGACGGAUGAAAGCUUCUGGCAGGCUGCUCAGUUUGCACGCCGUAAACAAUUUGAUGCAUUUGUGGCCAUUGGCGGGGGAUCAUCCAUGGACACCGCCAAAGCGGCUAAUCUAUUCUGCAGUGAUCCGGAAGCUGAUCUGCUAGACUACGUCAACGCGCCCAUUGGCAGAGCUAAAGAGAUUUCCGUUAAGCUGAAGCCACUAAUCGCAGUUCCAACCACAUCUGGCACUGGCUCGGAAACCACUGGAGUAGCCAUCUUUGACUACAAGAGACUGCACGCCAAGACGGGCAUCUCCAGCAAGCAUCUAAAGCCAACUCUGGCUAUUGUCGAUCCCUUGCACACACUCACACAGCCGGAACGGGUGAUGGCAUUCGCAGGAUUCGAUGUCUUUUGUCAUGCCCUAGAAAGCUUUACGGCUGUCGAUUAUCGCGAACGUGGUCCAGCGCCAUCUAAUCCCAGUCUUCGUCCAACGUACCAAGGCAGAAAUCCCAUUUCAGAUGUCUGGGCGCGUUUUGCUCUCGACGUCAUACGCACAAACUUCUUGGACGCCAUAUAUCAGCCCGAUAAUCUAGAGGCGCGAUCUCGCAUGCAUCUCGCAUCCACCAUGGCGGGAGUGGGCUUUGGCAAUGCUGGCGUGCACCUUUGUCAUGGUCUCUCAUAUCCAAUCUCCGGACAUGUGCGAGACUACAGGCCAUCGGGUUACUCCGGUGACCAUGCUCUUAUUCCACACGGUCUGUCAGUGGUGAUCAGUGCACCUGCUGUCUUUGAGUUUACAGCUGCCGCAUGUCCAGAGCGACAUCUCGAAGCAGCUCAGAUCCUGGGCGCUGACACAGCCGGAGUGAAAAAUGCUGAUGCUGGACGUCUUUUGGCAGACACUGUGCGUAGUUACAUGCAGCGUGCUGGCAUUGAAAAUGGCCUUCGUGAACUUGGCUUUUCCAGCGGUGAUAUUCCAUCUCUAGUCGAGGGAACCUUGUCCCAAGAACGCAUUAUAAAAAUGUCGCCUCGGGAGCAAUCAAGCGAGGAUUUGGCCAAACUCUUUGAGAACUCUAUGCACGUUUAUUAAUCUGAAAUAUUUGCAUACCUUUUAAGUUUUUCGCUGAAGCACAAUGUAAAACUGAAUAACGGAUCUUUUUAUCAAUGAAGUUGGCUGCAUUGCAAAAAGAUUUCAGGGCUUCCUUAGGUAUCAUAUAAACCAGUUCCACUGCGAACAUUAAACCAUUGC